AUGAGUAAUCAAACAUCAGCACGCAUUGAUCCUUCGGCAAACGUUGAAUGGACAUGGUUAUCAGACUCGGAUCCAUCGUUGGCAUCUCAGUCAAUCAAAUGGAGUCGUUACUCGGAUGUGGAAAAUCGGAUUAUUGAAGAUGCAUUCAAAGCUGGACUACCAAUCGCUACAUUAGACGAGAUCUACAUUGAUUUCGAAAAUAACAUUCAAGUAUCCAAUAAUGAUAUUAACGACCAAAGACCUAUUCAACGACAAGUACGGCAUAGAAUGAAUACACACUUACGAGAAGAACGUUUCAUGAUAAGUCCUAUUCCAGCGAAAAAUCCUUUUAGUGGCCUACGUGGUUGGACUUCUAAUUUCAUAAUGCACACAAAAAAAGAGUUAAAACUUAAAAAAGAAGAAUCACCAUCACAUAAUCCACGAAUCAUUCCAAUGCUGGUUGAAAAAGCUGCUCAAGGUAUUAUUGAAGAAGGUAAAAAUAUAGGAAAAACACGUGAAGCUGAAUGGAUGGCUAAUCAAUUGAUGCAAGAGAAAAACAAUGGAGUGAAGGAAGUAUGGAGAUGUUGUGCUCGUCUCUACACAAUGGAAAGUUUUCUCUACAAGAAAAUCAAUGAGACUAUGAGAUUAGUAGGAAGUAAAGAACAUGAAAAUGUAUGGCGAAGUAAAACUCGUACAUUUGGACCGUUCUGCUUACUAUUAUGGGAUGAUCCGUACAAUCAUCUACCACUUACUGGAGGAAAAAUGUUAUAUCGAGGAGCUAAUUUAUCCGAUGAUUUGAUUGCUCAGUAUACUAAACUUUCUCGUAGUUCCGAUCAACGAGGUUCAUUUCAAGCGUUCACUUCGUCUAGUCGAAGUCGAGCUAAAGCUGAACAAUUCGGUAAUGUUUUGUUCGUCAUGCAAGUAAAUUAUGCUUAUACAACAGAUCUAAGUCCAUUAUCUGAAUAUCCAGAUGAAGAAGAAGAACUUAUUCAUCCCGGUGUGUGUUUUACUAUUAAUGGUACUCGUUACGAUCCAUCCAAGAAUAAACAUGAAAUCUAUCUGACUCUUACACACAAUGUCGAUGAUGACCAUGCUAAUCCGGCUGUUCGUCUUUAUAAUGGUGUCUGUCGUGCUAGUAGUGCAGUUUUACUUCCGAUUAUGGAUGCUUUCAACGCUGCACGCCCUGGUCCUAGUGCCGGAGGAGAUCAUCGUCUUAGUCGUAUGACUAAUGGUGGUUAUUAUCGGGAUCGUAAUGGUACUCUUUGUGAAGAUCCUACUGGUACCCUUGCUGAUGAUUGUUAUCAUCGUGCUUGUAAUCAACCUCGUUACGAUCUUGAUUAG